GCGACAAUUCAUUCCACAUUUUAGCUGUGCGAGGCAGAAAGUUUCUGGAGAAACACACAGGUGAGGACUGCCAACCAUCUAAGUGGUGAGGAUGGAAAUGUUGUCGCGUAAGGCGAUGGCGAAAAGAAGCGGCAGGGAUUAAUCCGAAUAAUUUCUCGGAAUAGAUCCCCGUUAUACAUGCGAUAGAAAAUGCAGAGCAAGGCCACAUCUCUACGCAGCGCCAAGGAGUCAAGCCGAUUCGAAAUACGCCGGCAGUCGACAAUUCGAGUCGCUCUUCGUUGGAUGCGGUCCAGAGGGAGAAGCUGGUACUGGGGUGCCCCUGCCCAUAGAUGAAAACAGAAUUCCAUAUGUGGGCGCACCUGCGCCUUAUAAAGCUGUAGGCGGUGGGCCGGUGUGAAAUACUGUUUCGAUCUGUUGAGCAAACCGAGCUUUUUGGAGGCUAAUUUGGCUUUACUCUUUAAAUGGCCGCGGAACUGGACUUCACUCGAGAUGUUCAGAUGUCGACGCCAAGAAUUCCGAUACCGGCUGCUGCUAACUGCUUUUUGAUCUUAAAAUAUAGACAUGUUUAUUUUUCUAAUACCAUAGAGCAACUUAUAUAAGCGUACGCACUUCAUACUUCAUAUGACACAUCGUACAUACAUCAUUGGAGUGCAUAAAUUUUAAUCAAUAAUGUGAUAUGAUUUUAAAAUUGUUUUAGAGAGUGUCAUAUUUUUUAAGAUAUUAAAUUUUUUACAUUAAGAGAAUAAGUAGGUAAAUAAAAGUCAAAGUAUUCCCAAAUUAUUGUUCUAAAAUGCAAGGAAAAUUAAAGAAAAUGGCAAUACUUUUAAUUACUGCAAGUUUUCGGAUUUAUCCGAGUUCACAGAUAAAAAGAGUGACAAAAAGAAGAAUACUUUACAAUCCAAUGGAAUAUCGGUUUAUGAAAGAUUAUAUAAUAUCGCCUUCCGAAAGGUUAUGUCAAAAACGCCCAUUUAUAAUCAUAAUAGUGACGUCGUAUGUGGGUAAUUUUGAGCUACGAAAUAUGUUCCGCAGAGGUAUGCCACGAGAAAUGCUGGAGUCAAUGAAUACCACGAGAAUUUUUUUAUUGGCGGAAAUCCCACCUGGUGAAAAGAAUAUUACCCAGAAUUGGAUAGAAGAGGAAAACGAAAAUUUCCACGACAUUCUCCAAGGCGCAUUUACAGAAAGCUACCGCAACUUAACGAUAAAACAUUUAAUGGGCUUACAAUGGGUCACAACGAAGUGCCCUAACGCGUCCUACAUACUCAAAGUUGAUGAUGACACUGUAUUCCGUUUCGAAAAAUUAUUAAACAUUUUAACAAAAAAUGCAAUCACGGAUGAUUUUCUUAUGGGCUACGUGCUAAAGCAUGCACAACCUAGAAGAGAUAAUACGAGUAAAUGGUAUGUGUCUUUGGAAGAAUAUCCAAAGAAGAAAUAUCCGACAUAUGUGUCAGGCUGGUAUUACGUGACUACCCCUACAGUAGCAGCAAAACUAUUAAAUGAAGCCAUGUACCAUCCAUACUUUUGGGUAGACGACGUUCUGGUCACAGGUAUUUUGAUUGGCGCCCUGAACAUCAGAAUUAUUGAAAUGCCCGAUGAAUUCUGGCUUGAGUAUAGGCUAAACGUUAUGAUUCAUACUAACAAAGACAUUUGGAAUAUUGAAGCAUAUAACCACUUUUUUGCAAUUGACAAUUUAGCUGAAACAAGCUGGUUAGCUCAACAAACGAAGACAAAAACAGCCAAAUCGGGGAAACAAUUCGUGUAUAAACGAAAAGUGUUGAAGAUGUUUUUAUAGACAAUUUUAUGUAAAUUAUUUAUGUAUCAGUCAGAUCUUAUUUUGCUAUAGGGACCGUGCGCGUUGGAGGAUCUGCCAUCUUGUAGCCUAAAUCGGAACAAUAAACAUGUACAUUCACA